UAGAACAACAAACGCAGGUAUUUAAGAUCCUUUUACGACUUCACUUACAAGCAAGCAUCUAAUAUUAUAAAUAAAUGUAUUUGAUUUGGUAAAUAAAUAUUUUUUGUCUUCGGUUUUUGGAGGCGUUCGUGGACUCCCUGCACAUCAUGGUCUGCUGUUGAUCCAAAUUAUGCUACAUGCGUACAUUCAAUGAUUCAUUUCAAUGGGCACAGCGCCCUCUGUAAAUGUGCACUUCCGCUCCAAACCUGAAGACGGCGACGUUGAGUCACGUGUCACUAGAGUACACGAGGAAACCACUUCGUACGAAACACAUCGAUGAACAAUCCUGCUCGUUCAGCAACAGUUCAGUGAUUUAAAACUUAGAUGUUACUGUAAAUAUUAAUGAAGUACUUUUUAAAUUAAGUGUUAGACAUAGAAUGCUUGCUUUAGAGACUCGCGAGUGUCAUGACAGUCAGUUUCUUGCAUUGCCAAUAAAUCUGUGAUGGUUAAAUACUCACAUAAUGACAACGAUGGCAAAUCCAUGUAACAUUUCUGCUGACCUGGAAAAGCACAUUGUGAAGGAGGCUCCUCCGACUAUUUAUUAUGUUCCAAAUUUUAUAACGGAGGCUGAGGAGGAGCAUCUGUUGCAGCAGGUAUACAGAGCUCCCAAGCCCAAGUGGACACAGUUGUCAGGGAGGAGGCUACAGAACUGGGGUGGACUGCCAAAUCCCAAAGGAAUGCUAGCUGAGAAACUACCUGAUUGGCUUCUAAAGUACACUGAGAAAAUAUCAGCUUUUGGAGCUUUUGCUGGAAAGACAGCUAAUCAUGUGCUUGUAAAUGAAUACAAGCCUGGGGAGGGAAUUAUGCCUCAUGUGGAUGGACCACUGUAUCACCCCACAGUAACAACUAUUAGUCUGGGUUCUCAUACACUUCUGGAUUUCUACAAGCCUGUUUGUCAGACUCAGUCUGAAAUUCCUCAAACAGAAGAAAGACGCUACAUGCUAUCACUGUUGGUACAACGAAGAAGUCUACUGAUUCUCCAGGACGACAUGUACAAGCUUUAUCUGCACGGUAUUCAGGGAGUUUAUGAGGAUAUUUUGUCAGAGCAUGUGAUGAAUCUCUCAUCAACAGGGGCUCAGGUGGGGGACACGCUUCCCCGUAGCACCAGAGUCUCUCUUACCAUUCGCCACGUCCCCAAAGUCAUCCGGGCCAAUUUGUUGCUUGGCAAGAAGUAACAUAUUCAGAGACUUGCCUGAACUUUGAACCAGACAAACAGGUCAUACAUGUUUACACCCUCUAAGCAAAGUGUGAAAAUGCAAUACAAUACAUAACUGUCUACAAUAUAUUAUUGUACACGCAGAGCAUUAGUGUCUGUAAGGAUAUCUUACUAUAGAUACCUUACUGGGUGGCAUGUAUGCGACAGUCUUUGAAAUAUUUGUCCUCUUUAAGAUAAAGGUCUGCAGGGUUGUCUAAUCUUGUACAAACAAAUCUACAUUGACCAUUUUAGCGAAAAGAUAAUAAAUGGGUGUUUUGCAUGAAUAAAUUGCUGUAUUUAUGCACU